UCACUAUUCUUCGCAUCUUCACAAGUCGCAAGCAGCCCAGGAUACUCAGUAUUAAACAAAUUAACUGAAGCCCUGACGAAACGCUUCAGGCGAUACGCUGAAAAUUGUUAGUUGAAGUAGCUUACCUGUAGCCAUGCAACAAGUCGCGCGUUCACCGUCCGCACAGACGACGCGCAACCAUCCCAGCGCCCAGCCCCGCGCUCGCGUUCUCGCGAAUGCAGGACUCUUCGGCAUCUCGCUCCCAUUCCUUAAAGCCGGUCCGCCUAAGCCAUCAAAGGCUGAGGCUCGCGCGGAGGCAAAGAAGGAGCUUCUAGACCGCAUUGCGACGCUGGACCGCGGCGCUUCUGCUACAGCAGACGACAAGGCGGACGUGGAACGGCUAGCCUCGACGCUGGAGGACCUGAACCCCACCGCCAAGCCGCUGGCCGCGCCCGAGCUGCUGAGCGGCAAGUGGCGGCUGCUGUACACCACCUCGGCCUCCAUCCUCGCGACAAACCGCCCGCCCUUCCUGCGGCCGCAGGGGCCCAUCUACCAGACCAUCGACGCUGAGCGGCUCAAGGCGCGCAACAACGAGAGCUUCCCCUUCUAUAACCAGGUGACUGCGGACCUGACGCCGCUGACCUCCAGCAAGGUGACGGUGCAGUUCAAGACCUUCACGCUGUUCAAGCUCAUCAACAUCACCGCGCCGCCCGCGGCCAAGGGCGAGCUGGCUGUGACUUACCUGGAUGAGGACCUGCGCAUCAGCCGCGGCGACAAGGGCAACCUGUUCGUGCUGGACAUGGCGGACAGGGCGGCGCGCCUGGAGGGGCAGUGAGCUGCUGGGCUUUUGGGCGCGGCGUCAGCGCCAGGAGCCGGCAAAACGGGUCUUUUGGUAGCAGGAGCUGGAGGCCGGCAGUAGCAGGAGCUGGAGGCCGGCAGUAGCAGGAGCUGGAGGCCGGCAGUAGCAGGAGCUGGAGGCCGGCAGUAGCAGGAGCUGGAGGCCGUAGCCAGGUGCUGGAGGUUGGCAUCAGCAGGACCUGGAGCUGACGACCGGCAGCAGCAGGAGUUGCAGGCUGGCGAGGGGGGGUCUGGCUGGGGACUGGCUGGCGAGAACGGGCUGGCGCGAGUGUAAGCGCAACAUGGAAGCGCAACAUGCCGCGGCAAAAGCUGGAGGAGGGCGAAGCACGGAGGUGGGGAAGCGGGAGACGGACAGGGGUUACAAAGUCAAGGCCGCGGCUAGCAGGCCUUGGCGCCCUCCUUGGCGUCAGCGGCUACGCGGAGCCUGCAGGACUCUCUCGGGCACUUCCCGGGCACUACAGCCCCUCCGGCGCCCACUGCUCCAGCGGCGGGCAGCCGGGCGCCGCCGCGGGCAGUCUCACCGCGUACACGUAGGCGGGCAGCACCGCGAACCAGGCUGCCAACCCCAUCAGCCCCAGGCCGGGCAGCGCCGCCUCCCAGGCCUGUGAGGGCAGGUGCGGCAGCGCCAGCAGCCCCGGCAGCAGCCCGCAGGCCAGGCCGCCCAGGUGGCUCAUGUGCGACACCGCCGUGUGCUGCGGGGCGGCGGGGCCGGGUGGGGGUGGGGAUGAGCGGUGGGCAGGAGGGGUAGGAGGGGAGGGUGUUGACGAGGACAGUUGAAAGUUGUGAGGACAGUUGAGGGUUGUGGUUCGAGUUGGUGUGACGGGCAAGCUGUGAAGGCCAUCCUUAUAAGCAAGCAUCAUGCAUUCAUGGUUUUACCAAGCCCUUUGCGCGGACUUUUUUGUAUGUUAGAGCGCAUUCAUUGAGCCAUGCUUGUUUUGAGCACAGAGGGUCAUGGGGCGGGCUUAGGCCGUCGGAAUCGGACAUGGUGUACGGAACCCCGCGGUCGUGCUGGGCCCCACUUGGUGUGAAGGAUCUUGUUCCGCGUAUUAUCGUGGGGGCGUCAUCCUGGCAAGGCAAAUGCCGACCUUCAGAGGCCCCCGGGCCACCAACCUCAAGCCCCCUGUGUAAACACGCCUGACA